AUGACGAGAGAAUGGGCCCUGCUCUUGUCCAUGCUGCUCUGUGGCCUGGCUGGCCCCACACACCUGUUCCAGCCAAGCCUGGUGCUGGACAUGGCCAAGGUCCUCCUGGAUAACUACUGCUUCCCAGAGAACCUGAUGGGGAUGCAGGAAGCCAUCGAGCAGGCCAUCAAGAGUCGUGAGAUCCUCGCCAUCUCGGACCCUCAGACUCUGGCCCAUGUGCUGACGACUGGGGUGCAGAGCUCCUUGAACGACCCUCGCCUGGUCAUUUCAUACGAGCCCAGCACCCUCGAGGCUCCCCGGCAAGCCCCAGCACUCACCAACCUCACAAAAGAGGAAAUGCUUGCCCGGCUGCAGAAGGGCAUCCGCCACGAGGUUCUGGAGGGCAAUGUGGGCUACCUGCGUGUGGACGACAUCCCAAGCCAGGAGGUGGUGAGCAAGCUGGGGGGCUUCCUGGUGGCCAGCGUCUGGAGGAAGCUCAUGGGCACCUCUGCCUUGGUGCUGGACCUCCGGCACUGCACCGGGGGCCACGUUUCCGGCAUCCCCUACGUCAUCUCCUACCUGCACCCAGGGAACACGGUCCUGCACGUGGAUACCAUCUACGACCGUCCCUCCAAUACGACCACUGAGAUCUGGACCUUGCCCCAGGUGCUGGGAGAAAGGUACAGUGCCGACAAGGAUGUGGUGGUCCUCACCAGCGGCCACACUGGGGGCGUGGCUGAGGACAUCACUUACAUCCUCAAGCAGAUGCGCAGGGCCAUCGUGGUGGGUGAGCGGACUGUGGGGGGUGCCCUGGACCUCCAGAAGCUGAGGAUAGGCCAGUCUGACUUCUUCCUCACCGUGCCCGUGUCCAGGUCCCUAGGGCCCCUGGGAGGGGGCAGCCAGACAUGGGAGGGCAGUGGGGUGCUGCCCUGUGUGGGGACACCAGCCGAGCAGGCCCUAGAGAAAGCCCUGGCCAUCCUCACUCUGCGCCGGGCCCUGCCAGGAGUUGUCCGGCGCCUGCAGGAGGCGCUGCAGACCUACUACACCCUGGUGGACCGUGUGCCCAGCCUGCUGCACCACCUGGCCAACAUGGACUUCUCCGCAGUAGUCUCGGAGGAGGACCUGGUCACCAAACUCAACGCUGGCCUACAGACUGUGUCUGAGGACCCCAGGCUCCUGGUGCGGGCCGUGAGGGCCAAGGACGCCUCUUCUGGGCCCGAGGUUGGCGAGGACGAGCCUCCGGAGGUAGUCCCCACGGUGCCCGGAGCCGAGGCUGCCCGGCAGGCCCUGGUGGUCUCUAUGUUUCAGGUGUCGGUGCUACCGGGCAACGUGGGCUACCUCCGCUUUGACAGCUUCGCCGAUGCCUCCGUGCUGGAGGUGCUAAGCCCCUACAUUGUGCGCCAGGUGUGGGCGCCCCUGCAGGGCACGGAGCACCUCAUCGUGGACCUGCGCCAGAACCCCGGGGGGCCGUCCUCGGCUGUGCCCCUGCUACUGUCUUACUUCCAGGGCCCCGACAACGGCUCCGUGCGCCUCUUCACCACCUAUGACCGCCGCACCAACAUCACGCAGGAGCACUUCAGCCGCAUGGAGCUGCUGGGCCGGGGCUACCCCACCCAGCGCGGCGUGUACCUGCUCACCAGCCACCGCACCGCCACCGCGGCUGAGGAGCUGGCCUUCCUCAUGCAGUCGCUGGGCUGGGCCACGCUGGUGGGCGAGAUCACCGCGGGCAGCCUGCUGCACACCUGCACGGUGCCCCUGCUGGAGACGCCGGAGGGUGGCCUGGUGCUCACCGUGCCUGUGCUCACCUUCAUCGACAACCACGGCGAGUGCUGGUUGGGAGGUGGCGUGGUGCCCGAUGCCAUCGUGCUGGCCGAGGAAGCCCUGGACAGGGCCCAGGAGGUGCUGGAGUUCCACCGCAGCCUGGAGGCCCUGGUGGAGGGCACGGGGCACCUGGUCGAGGCUCACUAUGCACGGCCAGAGGUCAUCGGGCAGACCAGUGCCCUGCUUCGAGCCAAGCUGGCCCAGGGGGCCUACCGCACUGCCGUGGACCUGGAGUCACUGGCCUCCCAGCUCACGGCCGACCUGCAGGAGAUGUCUGGGGACCACCGUCUGCUGGUGUUCCACAGCCCCGGUGAGAUGGUGGCCGAGGAGGUGCCCCCCCCACCCCCUGUCGUGCCCUCCCCAGAGGAGGUCUCCUACCUCAUCGAAGCCCUGUUUAAAACAGAGGUGCUGCCUGGCCGGCUGGGUUACCUGCGUUUCGACGCCAUGGCCGAGCUGGAGACGGUGAAGGCCAUCGGGCCACAGCUGGUGCAGCUGGUGUGGCAGAGGCUGGUGGACACGGCCGCGCUGGUUGUCGACCUGCGCUACAACCCUGGUAGCUACUCCACGGCUGUGCCGCUACUCUGCUCCUACUUCUUUGAAGCAGAGCCCCGCCAGCACCUCUACUCUGUCUUUGACAGGGCGACCUCGAGGGUCACGGAAGUGUGGACGCUGCCCCAGGUGGCUGGCAAGCGCUACGGCCCCCACAAAGACCUCUACAUCCUGAUGAGCCACAUCAGCGGGUCGGCAGCUGAGGCGUUUGCUCACACCAUGCAGGACCUGCAGCGGGCCACCAUCAUUGGGGAGCCCACAGCUGGAGGGGCACUCUCUGUGGGCAUCUACCAGGUGGGCAGCAGCCCCUUAUACGCCUCCAUGCCCACGCAGAUGGCCCUGAGCGCCAGCACAGGUGAAGCCUGGGACCUGGCUGGGGUGGAGCCCGACAUCACCGUGCCCAUGAGUGAGGCCCUCUCCACAGCCCGGGACAUAGUGGCCCUGCGGGCCAAGGUGCCCACUGUGCUGCAGACAACUGGGAAGCUGGUAGCCGAUAACUAUGCCUCCCCUGAACUGGGGGCCAAGAUGGCGGCCAAACUGAGCCGUAUGCAGAGCCGCUAUUCAAGGGUGACCUCAGAAGGGGCCUUGGCUGAGAUGCUGGGGGCCGAUCUGCAGAUGCUGUCCGGAGACCCACACCUGAAGACAGCCCAUAUCCCCGAGGAUGCCAAGGACCGCAUUCCUGGGAUUGUGCCCAUGCAGAUCCCUUCCCCUGAAGUCUUUGAGGACCUGAUCAAGUUUUCCUUUCAUACUAAUGUGUUUGAGGACAACCUUGGCUACUUGAGGUUUGACACGUUUGGGGACUGUGAGCUGCUCACCCAGGUGUCAGAGCUGCUGGUGGAGCAUGUUUGGAAGAAGAUCGUGCACACGGAUGCCAUGAUCAUUGACAUGAGGUUCAACAUCGGUGGCCCCACCUCCUCCAUCUCUGCCCUGUGCUCCUACUUCUUUGAUGAAGGUCCUCCAAUUCUGUUGGACAAAAUCUACAGCCGGCCCAACGACUCUGUCAGUGAGCUCUGGACCCACACCCGGCUCGCAGGUGAACGCUACGGCUCCAAGAAGAACGUGGCCAUUCUGACCAGUGCGCUGACAGCCGGCGCCGCGGAGGAGUUUACCUACAUCAUGAAGAAGCUGGGCCGGGCACUGGUCAUCGGGGAAGUGACCAGCGGGGGCUGCCAGCCACCACAAACCUACCACGUGGAUGACACUCAUCUCUACAUCACCAUCCCCACGGCCCGCUCAGUGGGGGCUGUGGAUGGCAGCUCCUGGGAAGGGGUGGGUGUGGUGCCCCACGUGGCUGUCCCUGCUGAAGGAGCCCUCACCAGAGCCAAGGAGAUGCUCCAGCACACUCUGCUGAGGGCGAGGAGGAGCCCCAGGAUGGGUGGGACCUCCAGGCCACACACCAAGGGCACUCCGGCACGUGGUCCUGCCUGA